AUGCUAAGUCAGGGCUCUCCCAGAAUGUCGACCGAGUACAGACACAUGAGCACUGGGUCUCUCAAUAUACCCCCGCCAAAUGCGCUUAAUGGUGCAGGCGGUCCGCCACCCCCAGUUGGUGGCAUGGGACGAUUCGAAGGUCCACGAAGUCCUCCAGGCAGACAAAAUACCUCCCAUGUUCCAUGCAAGUUCUUCCGGCAAGGCGCAUGUCAAGCUGGAUCGGCUUGCCCUUUCAGCCACGAUCUAGCCAGCACAAACGAUACCGUCUGCAAAUACUUCGCAAAGGGAAACUGCAAAUUCGGUCCCAAGUGCGCAAAUGUCCAUGUCCUGCCUGAUGGCCGUCGAGUAAACUACAAGCAUGGAGGAAUGGGAGGUGGACAUCUGAAUAUCGGAGGACGAUUGAACAAUGAUGGAUACCACACCCGGCCUACCACUUCGACUCUGACGAACUCUUUUAUGGGUACCAAUGGAGCUCCCCAGCCAUAUGGGCAGCAAUAUCAAGGCUACCAGGAUCACGAUAAUCCCUACCCACCUAUGGUCGGACGCCAGCAAAGCAUUGAUAUCAAUGUUCCUACGAUCGACACAAGCUAUGCCUCUCACAAUGUCUCCAAUUAUGGCUCCCCACGAGAGGAGGAUCACAAUCGAUUUGGAUUGGGUUUAUCACCGGUUGCUAUGAAGGGUUUGAGUGUUCUAGAUGCCCAAUUACCUGCAUCAUUCGACAGCAAUGGCAUUUCCAUGAUCGCUAGAUAUGGUCCAAUUGCCUCUUCUGUCCCAGCCAAAUUUGGUCUUGACUCACCACCAAGUUCUCUCGGAGCUGCAAAAGACGGCAGAACUUCCGAAGCCUUGAAGAAUUUACACAACUCAGCAUUCGGUGACGAUACAAAGGACCGAUUCAACGGCAUGCCAUCUUCGCCCCCUGCUUUCCCGGUUGAGGAGUACUUUGGAAAGAGAACCAUGCAUUCACAGCGAUACGCGAAGACGAAGGUCAUGUCCUCCAGUUUGCCAAAGGCUGAUCACGAGUGGGAUCCUGCUUUCACGUUCGAGGAAGAUCUUUUGCCGGAGACUCUGAAGGACUUGAUGACACCACAAGAAAAGGCUCGUCGAGGAUCAAGAACUGCUGAAGAUGAAGGCAGACCAAUCAAUAGUGGAACCGGAACACCCAGCAACGAUAUGGGCAUCAAAUUUGGCUCUCCAUCAAAUGCUAGUCCUUCUCGCUGGGGUGGCGUCUUUCAGCGAAAGGAAGAAGAAGAGCGAGUUCGUACCUCAGCUUUCGGUCACGUUGGAUCUCCACUCCGCAAUUCUUCUCUUCACCUAGGCGCCAGCCCCAGUUCCAGACCAAUUGCAAGACCAAGCGUGUCAGGUGAUUCUUCUCCAUACCUCGCAUCACCACCCCGCCAAAGCUCCAUCUCCAUGAUCUCCAGAGGUCUACAACGCACCCACCUUGGAAGACCUGAAUCCAGUGGUAGUGAUAUUCCUACUCGUGUUCCAAGCAGCGGUGCACGAGCUGUAGCCGAGCGACAAGUCAGUUCCAGCAGUAUGAGCAAUGGUGGAAGCCAUCGCUUCACAACGCCAAUCGACGAGGAGCAAGGCGACUUCAUGUUCAAUCUGGAGGGUAUGGAGGACUCGGAUGACAAGAAGGGAGAGAAGCGCAAUAGCGGCGGUUGGAGUUUCCCCGCUGGUUCCAGAACUUCUGGCCGUAACGAAGCCUCGGGUUCCACGAAUGGCGGGGUUGAGGGCAUGUUUGGAGCUCGAUGA